UUAACCCGUGUGUUAUUUCAUGAAUAUGAAGAAGAUAUGUGUACACGCGUAGAGUGCCUGUGCUCUUCAACUAGUACGGAUUUAUUUUUGGCAUCUGACAUUAGCAUUUGCCCUUUUCCUAUGUUAGCACUGUCCACCAUGAAGACUGACCAGAUGUGUUGAUAUCGUUAGUGAGCCAGUUGCUCGUUUGUUCGUUAUAUUAUAUCCCAUUAAGUGUUUGGAUGAUGGAUCUAACGGCUUUGUAAGGACUAUACACGCAUUGAUUGAUACGCUUGUGGGUAGCAGCAUCAGUAUAGUAGUCUAGUAGCCUUAGAUAACCAGUCACGCCAACAUGACCAAAGAGGACGAGAUCCCGGAUUGGGUGGGAGCUCAGGAGUUCUAUGGCAAAUAUGACCCCAAGGAGAUCCUGGGAAGGGGGGUGAGUAGCGUGGUGCGACGUUGUAUUCAUAAACAAACCCAACAGGACUAUGCAGUCAAAAUCAUUGACGUCACUCCUUCUGACAAGAUCUCAGCUGCAGAGAUCGAGGAGAUCAAAGAGGCCACAGUGAAGGAGAUUGAUAUUCUCAAAAAAGUCUAUGGAAUGGACAACAUCAUACAGCUGAAGGACUGCUAUGAGUCUAAAGCCUUCUUCUUCCUGGUGUUUGACCUGAUGAAGAGAGGAGAGCUGUUUGACUACCUCACAGAAAAAGUAACUCUGAGUGAGAAGGAAACCAGGAAGAUCAUGCGUGCCCUGCUGGAGGUGGUUAAGUUCCUCCACGACGAGAACAUCAUCCACAGAGACCUGAAGCCUGAAAAUAUCCUGCUGGACGACAACAUGGAUAUUAAGCUCACUGACUUUGGCUUCUCCCUACAGAUUGAGCCCGGACAGACACUCAACGAAGUGUGUGGGACCCCUGGAUACCUGGCUCCUGAGAUCAUUGAGUGCUCCAUGGACCCCAACCACAGGGGAUAUGGGACUGCAGUCGACAUAUGGAGUUCAGGGGUGAUCUUGUACACCCUGCUAGCUGGAUCCCCUCCCUUCUGGCACAGAAAACAGAUGAUGAUGCUUCGUAUGAUCCUAGCUGGGAACUACGACUUCACCUCUCCUGAAUGGGACGACCGCUCCGACACUAUCAAAGACCUAAUCUCCAGGAUGUUGGUGGUAAACCCAGAUCAGCGUUACACAGCCCAAGACUGCCUGAACCACCCCUUCUUCCAGAAGUAUGUGGUGGCUGAAGUACGACACUUCACCCCCAAGAGGAGGUUCAAGGUCGUCUGCAUGACAGUGCUGGCCGUGAUGCGCAUCUACUGUAAUUUCCGCCGCGCCCAGCCUAUCUCCAAGGAGGUGAUCAAGAACGACCCGUACGCCAUCAAGCCCAUCCGCAAGCUGAUCGACGCCUGUGCCUUCAAGAUCUACGGUCACUGGGUCAAGAAGGGCCAGACCCAGAACAGAGCCGCCCUGUUCGAGAACACUCCCAAGGCCAUCCUGCUGUCCAUAGCAGCAGAGCCCGAGGACUCCUCCAUGCACUCCUGGUAAUGACGAUGAUGCUGCUGUUUGUUUCUCAGUCCAGGUCCUGAGAGGAGGGAGGUGGGACUUUACAUAAGCAUUCCAUCUGUCCCAAUUCUCUAUCAUUUUUAAAUCAAUGGUUUUGAAUGUGGGAGGAGUGUACAGCUGCACACGUCAGGAGAAAGAACAGAAUUGGGCUGGUAUGUCGUUGGGCUCAGCUCAGGAUUUAAUUGGGCUGAUUGAAGCAUGGGAGUGACACAAUAACAAAAAAAACUUUGGGUGGGACACUUUAGAGAUGAGAUAUAUAUUGUUCUUUGUAUUGGAGGGGCUUGCACACCUGAUUCAAUUCGUCACUAAUCAUCAAUGCCUUAUAUGGGUGAAUCAGGUGAGCUAGUUUAGAGCUACAACAAAAUUGUUAAACAUCUGGGUGUACCAGAGGAGAGGUUUGAGAACCACCGUUUUAAACAAUAGAUUGAUUAUAACGAAGACGUGGGAAAUGUCCUAGAACCUGCACCUGCACUGAGGAAUAUUGGUCCGCUGUGUUUAGUACGGAACAAAUAGCUAGACGACAUCCACAGUGAAAUAUCUGUUUAUAACAAUCACUUAUCUAGAGCUUAUACCCUUAACUCAACAUUGAUAAAGAAUGGUGUCCAUUCUAUUAUAUAGAUUUCUGUGUUCUGAAAUAUUGCACCCUACUGAAUUAUUCCUAGAUAUGAAGUGUUACAUUAUGGUUAAAAAGGUCAUUUCAACUGUAUGAGCUUCAACACAGCACAUAAAUUCCAUAUGCAUACAGUGUUAUGUAAAAGACUAUGCUCUGCCUGCAAAGCUUCUUAGUACUAUGUAGCUAGUGAUUUUCUUCCCUUUGCUCAGUAUGUGCAAUGAACCCUGCAUGCGUGAACUGGCAUGCACUAAGACAUGUGCAUUCUUUUUAUUUUGACAUACAGAACCAGUCAAAAGUUUGGACACCUACUCAUUCAAGGGUUUUUAUGUUCUACAUUGUAGAACAAUAGUGAAGACAUCAAAACUAUGGAAUCAUGUAGUAACCAAAAAGUGUUAAACAAAUAUUUUAAGUAGGUUCCCAUUUGACAGCGUUGCAUUCUCUCAACCAGCUUCAUGAGGAAUGCUUUUCCAACAGUCUUGAAGUUCCCACAAAUGCUGAGCACUUGUUGGCUGCUUUUCCUUC